AUGGCCCCGGGACUCUUUUGCGUGUGGUCGCAAGCCGACCCAGACACUUCGGCCGAAGUUAACACUGAGGACAAGACGUUCAGCGAUGUGGUCACUAAACUUCCUGGUGUGUCGCUGGGUACGCAGGUCAAGCUCAUGAAGCGACAAGUGAACGAAUACCCUUUCAGCCACGAGAUCCCCUUCAUGACCAUGUACGACAUGCCAGACGUGGAAUAUCGCAACGACGAAGCGUUCAAAGAGGCAGCAAAGGCAUGCGAAAGCCGAGGAGAUAACGCAUGCAAGCCCCGGGUCUACGAGGAGUUCUAUCGACGAGAGGUUGCAGGUUGCGAAGAAAUACACCCGCGAUUAGGCGACAACAUCAGCAUAGUAACCUGCGAGGCGCCUCCCCCGGAAUCGAAAGAAGGGUUCUGGAAGUGGCAGAAGGAGACCUUUACCCCGAGCUUCCUGGACGGCCCGACGUUCCUUCGCGCGAGAAUACUUAAAGAGGUGGGCGGAGAAACAAGAACGGAAAGCGUGAUGCCGUCCGCGCCAUAUUUGUGGAUCUUUGAAUGGGAAGAUGACGAACUCCCCUGGAUCGAGUUGACUGGCGCUGCGCAGUCAGCAGAGUGGGUCAAGUACAUUGAGAAUGGCCUGAUCUUUCAGGGGAUGUGCUAUUACGCGAAGAGAUAUACGGAGAGGUUCGAGAUGACAUUGAGCCCCGGCAACACGGAUUACGAGAACGACGGAACCUCGAGCAUAGAUUCUCGGAGUAUCAUCAGCUUUGAUGGUGACGAGACUAUCGACAAGUGA